CGCCUCUUCCACCCACAGCCACCGCCCGUACCGUGAAGAAAGCGGAGAGACUUUCCUUCCUCCCUGUCUGAAAUCGAGAAUUUCCGGUGUUCUUCAUUAGAUCUAUGAUUUUUAAUUUUUCGCUUUUCCCGGUUGAAAGUAGCUAUCGUUUGCGCCCCAAUUUCAGGGUUUUAUUAUUUGAUCUCGUUCUCGGCCGAUUUUGAAUUCCUCCCCCCCGGGUUGCUCUGCUCCUGAUUUUUCAUCCUAUGCUCGUUCCUUGUAGCUUGAUGUGAGUUGCAAUUCGGUGGAGUUGAAAAUAAUUUAGUUAUUUGAGGCAGAUUUCUGGGUUUUCUGUUUUUUUUUUUUGGUUUUAUCACGAAAUCGGAGUCGGCGGUUCAAUCGCUUUGUGUUAGGGUUCGGUUUUGGGCGUUUUUUUGCUUUCUUCAUCUCGGAUUAGGGUUAGGGUUUUUGGGCGAUUGGAGGGUUCAGAGAUAUGGUUGGAUCGGACGAUUUCAAUUCAUUGCCUACUCCCUCGCCGCCUCCGGCUGAGCAGAAAGACCCGCCAAUGCAGUGGGGUGUGACGAAACCUUUGUCACACGCGGGGCCCACCGAUGUGGAUAUUCAGAGAACCAAGGACUUGGAAAAGUUUCUGGUCGAUUCGGGACUUUAUGAGAGUGCAGAAGAAACUGCGAAGAGGGAAGAGGUUCUGGACAGACUUAAAAAGGUUGUGAAAGACUGGGUGAAAGAACUUACUCGGUUGAGGGGGUACACUGAUCAAAUGGUGGAAGAUGCCAAUGCUGUUAUUUUUACUUUUGGAUCUUAUCGACUUGGGGUUCAUGGCCCUGGAGCUGACAUUGAUACUUUGUGUGUUGGGCCAUCAUAUGUUAAUCGGGAGGAAGACUUUUUUUACGUACUCCAUAACAUUUUAGACGAGAUGGAGGAAGUUACUGAACUCCAACCAGUACCUGAUGCUCAUGUUCCUGUUAUGAAAUUCAAGUUUGAUGGGAUAUCGAUUGAUCUUCUCUAUGCCAGCAUUUCUCUCUUGGUUGUGCCUGAUGAUUUGGACAUCUCAAAUAUAUCUGUGUUGUACGACAUAGAUGAACCAACUGUACGGAGUCUUAAUGGCUGUCGUGUUGCAGAUCAGAUUCUCAAGCUUGUUCCGGAUGUAGAGAACUUCCGAACUACUCUUCGAUGUCUGAAGUUUUGGGCUAAGAGGCGCGGUGUUUAUUCAAAUGUGACAGGAUUUCUUGGUGGUGUGAACUGGGCUCUCCUUGUAGCCCGGUUGUGUCAGUUUUAUCCUAAAGCGAAUCCCAGUAUGCUAGUGUCUCGAUUUUUUAUAAUCUAUACACUCUGGCGUUGGCCAAAUGCUGUGACCCUUUGUGAAAUAGAGGAUAACGAACUCGGAUUUUCCGUAUGGAAUCCUAAAAAAAAUCCGUGGGACCGCAAUCAUCUCAUGCCAAUCAUAACCCCCUCCUACCCUUGCAUGAAUUCAAGUUACAAUGUUUCAGCGAGUACUCUUCGUGUUAUGAUGGAACAGUUCCAAGUUGGUAAAAGAAUUUGCGAGGAUAUCGAGCUGAAUAAAGUGCAGUGGAGUGCUUUGUUUGAGCCAUAUUUAUUCUUUGAAAGUUAUAAAAACUAUCUGCAGGUUGAUAUUAUUGCUGCCGAUGUUGAUGACCUGCGUGCUUGGAGAGGCUGGGUUGAAUCCCGUCUGAGGCAGUUAACUCUUAUGAUAGAACGGGACACAUCUGGGAAAUUACAGUGCCACCCUUGCCCACAUGAUUAUGUCGAUUCGUCUAAUCAGUGUUCUCACUGUGCCUUUUUUAUGGGUUUACAAAGGAAACAAGGAGAGGUUAUACAAGAAGGUCAACAGUUUGAUAUCCGCCAGACUGUCGACGAGUUUAGGCAUCAAAUAAAUUCUUACAUGUACUGGAAACCUGGGAUGGAAAUAUAUGUUUCUCAUGUUCGAAGAAAGCAAAUUCCGUCCUAUGUAUUUCCGGAAGGUUACAGAAGAACCCGACAUGCGAGACCUGCUAGCCAGGUUGAUAAGGCGUCUUGUGAAGGAUCUGUCGAGAGAGUUUCAAAACGUAAGAAGGAGGUCGAUGUGCCAGAUUUGGAGGUGUGUGAAAAGAAAAGACAAUCUAUUAGCCCUCAGAAGGAAAGUAUUGGUGCAUUGACUGAAACAACGAAACCAGAAGUGGUCUCUAGUUUAACUGGGAUAGUUGAUAGAGAUAAAGAGUUCAAUGAUGGUGUAAUUGCACCAAACCACGGGAAACACACUGCAGAGAAUUCUGACAACGGCUGCUGCAACUUGAGUUCUGGUGAUGCUUACUCGGAGAACAACGAGAAAGGAACUUCGCCGGGUGGUACUUGUUCGAACGAGGCUAGUCCACCUCAGCUUUUGCAUAAUACGCACAAGGAGGAGUUAGAGCCUAAUGCUGAUCUGGCGAUGGUGCUAAAAUCGGGAGACGGAGAGAAGAAUGUGAUGAGUAAGGUUGAGAAGAUCGAAAUCCCAUUAAUUUAGCAGCGAAAAAAUUGAAGAUUCCGAUAGAGAUGCUUUUAGUGUAUAGUUACCGAACUUUAUAAGCAAAUUUGUUCUACUUUUGUUUCUGGUAUUGAAAUAGAUUUUUGGAGUGGGGGUAAAAAGGUAAAAGCUGUUCUCUUUUGUUCUGGGGUUGAUGUGGGAGUGUUAUUUUUUUGCUUUAGAUGUCACAGUUUGUCUUUUGCUAUGCUACUACUACUUUGAGACACUUCUUCUUUAUUUGUAUAAUACAAAAAUUAUGUACAUUUAACUU